CCAUGGAUUCUGCCAAUGACAGCUACGACGAAAUCAUGGCGCAGGCCGGUAACGAUGGCAAAUUCCAGCGCCGCUACAAUCUUCUCUUCAACUUCGGUGCCAUCUGCUUUGCGUCCAUGUCGUACAUGAGCAUCAUCCUGGCGCUCAAUAAACCGCCCCACAACUGUCACGUACCCGGCAUGGAACUGUACAACAUUACCGAUGCGAACCUAUGGAAAAAUCUUACCUUACCCAGAGAAACGGAUAACCGUGGACAGCUUGGAUACAGCAAAUGUCAGAUGUACAACGUCACCGAGGAGCAUCUGAAGCGUCACUACUCGGAAUGGCAGGAAUUUCAAAGUAGCGACAUCAUCGACUGCGCGUACGGGUACGACUACGAUCGCACCUAUUACGACCGGACGCCCAUCACCGAGUACGAUUGGAUCUGCGAUAAGGGUUUCCGCGAGACGAACAUUUUCAUCUACAACCGGCUCGGUGAACUCGUCGGUACCGUCAUCUUUGGCCACCUGGGCGAUACAUUAGGCCGCCGGCCGGUGUUUUACCUGAGCAUACUGAUCAUUACGGCCGGUCGUCUGGUUUCGAUGUUUACUGCCGCCCACUACGUCGUGUUCUGCAUAGCGGCCGUCGUCGGCAGCCUGACGGCACACUCCAUCUUUCAGACACCUUUGAUCAUUGCGAUGGAGAUAUCGAAAAGCGAAAGACGCGGCCACAUUUCGAUGAUGCAGUGCAUCGGUUGGACGACCGGUUUGUGCAUCCUGCCGAUGGUGUUCUGGGCUACAAAGGACUGGUUCUGGGCAUUGCUGAUUGUAACGAUGCCGAUCGCUGUGUUCGUAUUUAUCCCGAGAUACACGAUUGAAUCGCCCCGAUGGCUAGCGACACGCGGAAACUAUCGGCAGGCCAUGGAGCAGCUGCGGAAAAUUGCAACUAUCAACGGCAUCCGGGAGCUGCCGUACGACGAGAGUGUGCUGGAAAAGCGACUUGCCAACCAUCGGACCGACACCGUGUACGGGCUCGCCUCGCUAUUCAUCGGAUGGCGAAUGGCAAAGAACACGUUGCUCGUUAUCCUGUGUUGGACGGUGUGCAGCGUGACAUACUUUACGCUGGUGCUGCUUAGCUCACGUAUGGACGGCAAUCCGUUCCUAAACUUCAUGUACCAGGGACUGAUUGAAGUGCCGGCAGCUUACAUGGGCCAGCGCGCUAGUGACCGCUACGGCCGACGGGCAACCAACGCACUUGCCCUCUGCUGUGCGACGGUCGUCUGCAUCGUGCUGGUGAUGAUUGUGCGUGAUCCGGCCAGCGAAAUGGCGGCCACGAUUCUGGCAACGGUAGUGAAGUUUUGCAUCAGCAUCACCUUCUUUGCCGUCAAUCUGCAAUCGAUCGAGAUCUAUCCGACCUGCUUGCGGCAAACGGGUAUGGCCGUCGGUACGAUCGCGGCCACCAUCUUCGGAAUCGUUGGACCGUACGUCGUGCAUCUCGGCACGGAAUAUGACGUACGCUAUCCGUUCCUGGUGAUGGGACUCUCGUCGGCGGUGGGCAUUUUUGCGGCACUCUUCCUGCCCGAAACCCUGCAUCAGUCACUGCCGAACACGAUUGAGGAAGCGCAGGAAUUUGGCAAGAAUCAACGGUUCUGGUCAUUGCCGAAGGCACCAUCAAAAUCUCAAGCAUCGGCAACCCGAACGGAUGCAAAACCAGAAGAAACGUUCCGAUUGGCAGUACCCGAAGGUGAAGAGGAGACGGUCAGUGUUGGGACUAAAUAA